UUUUCUCGUUUCAACUUCCAUCUCGCUCUGAGUUCGCACUAUGGAUAUAAUGGAUGAUGAAUUGCCGGACGACAGGAUAAGCGAAAUGUUUCGUAGUGCGGAUGCGGACAUCAUCGUUCGUUCUUUCGACAAUGUAAUAUUUCAAAUGCAUGAAUGCAAUUUGCAAAGCGUCGCAGAUAGGUUUCUGCAAGAUGACGAAACUAGCGACGACUGGUUGUUGUCUUUACCCGAGUCGGGCGCUGUUCUUGAAGUUUUAUUUCGAUUUGUAUAUCCUCGUCCUCUGCCGGAUCUCGAGAAGUUGGAGUUCGAAGACUUGUUAUUGGUAGCCGAGGCAGCAGAAAAAUAUCGUUUUUUUAGCGCAAAAUAUGCUUGUCAACUUGCGUUGAGGAAGUAUUGUAGUUCGCAUACGAUGCAGAUUUUGCGGUUUGCUUGCGAACAUCACGUUUAUUCGUUGAUCACCCAUUUGCCUCAAUCGUUCUUGAUUGAUACACCGUUGAUGGAGGUCUCGGAAAUUUUACCUUCCUAUGUUCAUCAGUUUUGGGGGGGUUAUCGUGAACAUUGGCUGGAAUUGCUUCAUGGUGUAAUGUCGAGGUCAAUACCGUCGCAGAUAUUUGAACAUGACACAUCUUGUGAAGGUGUUAAUGUUCCGUCGUCGAAAAUCGUUCUACAAAUUGUGCGGGACGUCGAUAGGCCUAGUUCUCUGUUAUCUCCUCGACUUGAUGAGAUAUUUGAGAAGAGGUUCAUGAACGCAUGUGGGUGUUGUCGUCGUUUCCUUUUCGAAUGGAAGAAUGUGAUUAAGACAGAAGUCGCCGGAAUGCCUCCUUUCGUUAUCCCGGAAUAGGGAAGACAUUGACUAGUUCGAAGCACAGGCAUGUUGUUUUAGCAUGGUAUAGUACAGGUCGGUAUGAACGAAAAUUGUUUGUAUAUAUUGCUGUCGUUGUGUUGGUUGUAUCAAGAAGUUCUGUGUUUACAGUGGUUUCAGAAAAUAAUCACAAUUAGAAAAAUUUUUUUGAA